AUGUCUGAGAAAUACGACAGACCAGCGCAGCCUCCGCCAGCGUAUGUCCACGGCGGCAACAACGCGCCUCAGCAGCCCCAGGAGGGGCAACAACCACCUUCAGAGGGACAACAGGGACAACAGUAUCAAUUUCGGCAGGACCAGUACUACAAUUUGAGUGCAAAGACCUCCGGAGCGCCCAUCGGCUCAUUUGAAGAAAGUUUCCCUACGGAAAAUCAAAACAAAUUCCGACUCAAUGACUGGCCCUUUACCAUUAUAUUCCUCAUCACCGUUUGCGGGUUCAUCGUCAUUGCAUCGAUAACGCUUCGGUCUUGGGCGCUCAACUACUCGGCCAACGGAUCUGGCAUAUACACCUCCGGUUCAACGGGCACCUUGAACACCAACUCUGCCAUUCUGCUAGUCUUCGCGUGCGCAAUUGCAUUUGUGUUCUCUGUAAUUGGGCUCAUCACCAUGCGGUUUACUCCCAAGUACUUCAUUAUCUGCGGUAUGAUUGUCAACAUUUUGGCCGGUCUAGGUACCGCGAUCGCGUAUCUUUCCAUGCGCUACUGGUCUGCGGGUAUAGUUUUCCUGAUCUUUACUGCGAUCACUGCCUGGUGUUAUUGGGGUAUGCGCUCCAGGAUUCCGCUUAGCGUUGCGAUUUUGAAAACAGUCGUUGACGUUAUGAAGCGUCAUCCGCAAACAUUCAUCGUUUCCCUUGCGGGUACCCUCAUUGCGAGCGCUUUCGGAAUUCUUUUCUCGGCCGUCAUUGUGGCAACCUACAUGAAAUACGACCCUUCUCCCAACAACGGUGGGUGCUCUGUGGGCGGUGGUUCCUGUUCGAAAUCCAAAUUGAUUGGCAUCUUGGUGGCUUUAUUUUUCUGCGGUUACUACAUCUCGGAAGUUAUCAGAAACGUAAUUCAUUGCACGGUGUCCGGCAUUUACGGAUCUUGGUAUUACUUGUCCAAGUCUGAUGAAGGCAUGCCACGUUGGCCCGCUCUUGGAGCUUUGAAACGGUCUUUGACGGUGGCUUUUGGCUCUAUUUGCUUUGGCUCUUUAAUCGUUUCUCUCAUCGAAACGCUGAGAACCUUUUUGCAACUGCUCAAAAAUGAUGCGGUGACAAACAUCUCCGGCAGCCAGUGGGGCCAAAUCGGAUUUAUGAUCAUCGAUUGGAUCAUUGGGUUCUUGCAAUGGUUGGCUAGCUACUUCAAUCACUAUGCCUAUUGUUUCAUUGCCCUUUAUGGUAAGCCUUACUUGCGUGCAGCAAAGGAAACUUGGCACAUGCUAAGAGAAAAGGGUAUGGACGCACUCAUCAAUGACAAUCUAAUUAAUAUUGCCCUGGGAUUCUACUCUUUGUUUGUGAGUUACAUGGUUGCUCUGUUUGCCUACCUAUAUUUGAGGUUUACCGAUCCAUCUUACAAUUCUGGAGGAGGUUUUAACGCCCCUUUGAUGGCUUUCUCUUUUGUCAUUGCAAUGCAAAUCUGCAACCUUGCCAACGAAACCAUCAGAUCAGGAACGGCCACGUUUUUCGUUGCCCUCGGUAACGAUCCAGAAGUUUUCCAUGUUUCUUACCCACAAAGAUUCGACGAAAUAUUUAGAGCUUAUCCAGACGUUUUGAAAAAAUUGAGUCAUCAAAACGUGUGA